UAAUCUAUAAGUUGCGUAUCGCGAUUCGUGAUGUGUGGCGUCCUGUGUAUUUAUCAUUAAAUUUUUAUUACAUAUCUUUUACACUUUAUUUAAUAAGUGAUGAACCAAUAGUUAAGUUAUAUCUAGUUAAGUCGUAUCUUUAGUAUAAAUUGUAUAUAGUUUUCUUUGACGACCUCAAACUAAACGAAACAUGGAUCGCAACAAUAUGAGCACUGGAAUUAUUUUUCACAGAUCAAGUUAUGUAAACAGCGGAACCCGUUCGUUGCCACACAUGGGCAAACGUCACAACAGCAGUCACAGCCAUAGUCAUAGCCAUAGCGGUCCUGCACACAGCCACAGUAAUCAUAACAGCAACUACAAUGGCAAUGGACACAGGCUUAGCCCUCCAAGUCAGCUGCACAUCAGUCAUUUCCACAAUAAUAAUAAUAAUAAUAAUCAGAAUACUCAGCAUGAUGAUCUCAUCAAUUACAUUUAUGAUUCAUGGAAUAAGGUGACCCGUGAUCUAGAACGUGGCGAUGAUGAGGCGAAGUACUACCAUGACGUGAUGACACCUCGUCACCUUGCCAACUUCAGGCCAUUCAAUCUUGAUGAGUGGUGGGCGCGUCAGACCCACAAUCGCAACAAGCAUCGGUCUUAGUUCAAUAUACCACUGAGGCGUUUUCAUACUCAGUACUUUUGAGAUUUUAUUGAUGUGGCAACACAAAAUCAAUUGUGGCGUGUCUAUGUUAGCAUGUUUUUUACAUUGAUUUUAGGUAUUCUGAUUUAUCGUUUUUGCUGAAUUUAACAAUUUUACACAACCUAUAUUUUUCGUUUAAUUGCUACAAAUUUUGUGGUAGCUAAAAACUACAAAGUUUAAUUAAAUUUUUAUUUAAAGAUAUUUUAUUUUGUGCUUGUUCAGUCUUAAAAAUUAUCAAUGACGAGACAAUAAAGGUCUACAGUCGAAAAUAACAUUUGAUGAUCAACCAUGAUGUUGAGAAGAUAAAUUGUUAAUGACAUGCCAUGGUGUUGCCAUAUCUAAAAGUGUCUUCUUAGUACUGAGUCUGGGUCUCAGUUCAGCUCAAGUUCUCAUGUGAUGAGUGAUAUUGUUGAAGAUUUUGACAGUAUUUAGUGUAAGAAUAAAAACAUUAAUUCGUAUCUCAUAUACAUUUUCCAAUGAGACAUGACUAUAUUAUAGUUGUCUUAUCGAUAGUAUGAACGUGUUUUAAGUGUUUCCCUUCAUCAUAAUGAACACGUUUCAUUUAAAAGUAGUUUUUGAGCCACACAAGUGCAGAAAUUAAUAACUGUUAAGUAGAUGUAAUACGACCUAAUAACUAUUAAAUAUAUAUAUAUUGUUAUCGGGUCAUAUAAAAUUACUAUAUUUAGUAAUAAAGAUAAUUAGAUUACUUAAUAAUGUUUGUAUAUUUGAAACAGUAGAAAUUUUAAUGUACUUAAUAACUAAUAUAACAAAAGCAACAAUGUUUAGUUGACGUGAGUUAGUUGAUGAUGGGAAACUAUGGUUUUAAAAUAAAUACAUUUUCAAAGAUUUAGGAAGUACAUUAGGUGAUGUAAAUAAUUUAGCGUGAGUUUGAAUUUUUAUUUAUAAUUAAUAUAAAUAUGAUUAGUGUCAUCGACGGUAGUUUCAGCUAGAUUGCUUUUUAAUUUUGACUUGUUGGGAGUUUCUGGUCACUUAAUGUGUGAUCGAACUCGUCUUGUAGAGUAGAACAUAACGUUGCGAAUUUUUUAAUGGAAUGUUAUCGAAAAAAGUUAACUGUAAACAAUCUUAAGCUGUACUAAAUUACAUUCCAAUGUUUUCUUUAUCUGUACUUUGAGCAUUUGAAACUUGUAAAUACGUUUUAAAUGACAACGCCGCCAGAUUAUGGAUUUGAAAUAAAAACCUUUUUACGAUAA